CUUAGUCUGUCUGAUCUUCUCCCAGGAUGAACCACAGGCAGUCGGUGGCAACGUCAACCACUCCUAGCCCGGACAGCCCACGGGCCAGAAGCCGGGACAACCUGCUGGCAUAUGAUGACUUCCCUGAGGAUAACAGAUGGAUUGGCCACAGCCAACUCCUGGCUCGUCUCAGCGCCGUCAAGCGCCGGCAGGCCCUGCGGGGCCCAGUUCACAUGUUCACUGAACCGUCCGUUGGCCCGUCUGAGGUGGAGCAGCGCUUCCUGGAGGCAGCCGAGUAUGGCAACAUCCCCGAGGUGCGCCGCAUGCUUCUACACGUCCCCCACCUGAAUGUCAAUACAGUCAACUACAUGGGCCAGAACGCCCUGCAGCUGGCCGUGGCCAACGAGCACUUGGAGGUGACGGAGCUGCUGCUGGGGAGGCCAGACCUGGCGCGGGUGGGAGAUGCCCUCCUAUUAGCCAUUAGUAAGGGCUACAUCCGCAUCACUGAGGCCCUGCUUGCGCACCCUUCGUUCCGAGAUGCCCAUCGUCUGACAGCCAGUCCUGCUCAAGUGGACAUGCUAGAUGACUUCUAUGCCUACGACGAGGACGGGACGAGGUUCUCCCACGAUGUGACACCAGUAAUCCUGGCGGCGCACUGCCAAGAGUAUGAGAUCGUUCACACUUUGUUGAGUAAAGGGGCUCGGAUCGACCCACCCCAUGACUACUUCUGCGGGUGCAACUCGUGCAACUACCAGCAGCAGUUUGACUCCUUCAGCCACUCGCGCUCCCGUAUCAACGCUUACCGAGGGCUGGCUAGUCCGGCUUACCUGUCCCUGUCCAGUGAGGAUCCAGUGCUAGCUGCCCUGGAACUCAGCAAUGAGCUGGCCAUGCUGGCCAACAUUGAGAAGGAGUUUAAGAACGACUAUUGCCGCUUGUCCAGCCAGUGUAAGGACUUCGUGGUGGGCCUCUUAGACCUGUGCCGUAGCACUGAGGAAGUGGAGGCCAUACUGAAUGGGGAAACCAAUUGUGAAGACAGCUACGAUCCACCCGGUCGCCCUUCCCUCACACGCCUCAAAUUAGCCAUCAAAUAUGAAUUGAAAAAGUUUGUAGCCCAUCCCAACUGCCAGCAGCAGCUACUAAGUAUCUGGUAUGAGAACCUACCAGGUCUUAGGCAGCAAACUACAGCUAUCAAACUACUGGUUGUCCUGGCGGUGUCCAUGGGGCUGCCUGGGUUGGCUUUGGCCUAUUGGAUCGCACCAUGCAGUAGAGUGGGUCGGGUUAUGCGCAGCCCCUUCAUGAAAUUCGUGGCUCAUGCUUCAUCUUUCACAAUCUUCCUGGGCCUGCUGAUCCUUAACGCUGCAGACCGUUUCGCAGGAACCGCUGUGUUGCCCAACAUGACCCACCAACAUGUGCCAGGCGCAUCCCGACUGGGCACAGACCCCAUGCUGCUCUACCGAAUGACCACAACACCCUUCACCUGGAUGGAGAUUCUAAUUGUCUCGUGGGUCAUGGGAAUGAUCUGGACCGAGGUCAAAGAGAUCUGGAGUCUGGGGCCUGGGGAGUACCUGGUGGAACCAUGGAACUUUCUGGAUUUUGGGAUGCUUGCGAUCUUCCUGGCGUCGUUCAGUUGCCGCUUCUCCGCUCUUAGACACGCCAGUUUUGCUCAGACUUACGUAGACACGCAUUACACCAACCUGACAAAUGUCACACUGCCUCCUGAGAUACUCUACUUCACGUUGGGUGACCGCGGUCUAACGUCUUUUCUGGCCAGCCAGGUAUGCAGCCUUCCGGUAUUGCAACACAAUAUCCUAUCCUGUUUUUGGCAGCGAGGAUCCACUGGUUGCCAUCGGAUCCCCAGCUGGUCUCCGAAGAUCUCGCUGGGCAGGACGGUGAAGGAUAUUUUCAAAUUCAUGGUUAUCUUCCUUCUGGUUUUUCUGGCUUUCAUGAUUGGCAUGUUCAACCUGUACUCCUAUUACCUGGGAGUCAAGCAGAACGACGCCUUCACCACCCUGGAGGAGAGCUUCAAGACACUCUUCUGGGCCAUAUUUGGCUUGUCUGAGGUCCGUUCAGUUGUGAUAAACAACGGGCACAAGUUCAUCGAGAACAUUGGCUACGUGCUCUAUGGCGUUUACAACGUGACCAUGGUCAUAGUGUUGCUCAAUAUGCUUAUCGCCAUGAUCAACAGCUCGUUCCAGGAGAUCGAGGACGAUGCCGAUGUAGAGUGGAAGUUUGCACGAGCCAAACUCUGGUUCUCCUACUUUGAGGAAGGGCGAACCCUACCAGUGCCUUUCAACCUUGUUCCAAGUCCCAAGUCAAUGCUGGGCCUUUCCAAAGGUGUCAAAUCUCUGGUUCUGCAGUACAUAAGAGGACAUAAUGAGGAAAAACAUGAGACACAACUUGACAAGAUGGGAGAAGGGAAAAAGCCAGCAUUCAGCGGUUCCACAAACCCGUCCAGAUAUCAGAAGAUAAUGAAGCGCCUCAUCAAGCGUUACAUCAUCAAAGCACGAGCCGACCGGGAAAGUGAUGAGAUUACUGAAGGUGAGUUGAAGGAAAUCAAGCAAGACAUAUCCAGCCUCCGCUACGAGCUUUUAGAAGAGAAGUCGCAGAAUACGGAGACGCUGGAUGAGCUGAUGAGAAGACUCGGGGACAUUGCAACAUCCUGAGCAUACUUUAUUAUAAAUUGUGUCAUAGCUUGCUUCUAAAGAUUUGUAUAACUCUGCAGUCCAGCGGCUGAUUCUGCACAAAGAUUCAAAUGGCCCUCAUUUUGUAUUCGUAAAAUAUAAAAGUGAACUAGUGUUGCACCGAUUCCAUGUUUUCUAGCUCCCAUACCUGGCUGUGUGGUAUCGGCUGAUGCCGAUACUAUUCUGAUUUUUUGAAUUUGUGCCUUUUAAUACUAAAUUAGAAUAGCCUGAAUUGACUGUAACAUAAUUGUUAUCAUGGCUUUGUCAGACACUACUUCACUCAUUUUCUGGCAUUGACGCACUAGAUGUCCAAUCCAUUUAAAGCA